AUGUCGGUUAAUGUGGACGGCCUGAAUAUUAUAGGAACCUCUGGAGAGAUUUCCCAAACAGGCGAAUGUCUACAGAAAGAAUUUGAGAUGAAAGACUUAGGAAAAACUAAGUUCUGUUUGGGACUACAGUUUGAGUAUGUAGAGAAAGGAAUCCUUGUGCAUCAAAAGACUUAUAAAGAAACGAUACUCAAGCAGUUUAAUAUGGACCAGGCUCAUCCCUUGUCGAGUCUUAUGGUCGUGACGUCCUUAGACCAAGAGAGAGAUCCGUUCGGGCCAAAGAAGCCGGACGAAGAGACACUUGGGCCGGAAUGUCCUUACCUAGGUGCCAUUGGAGCCUUAAUAUAUCUGCAAGGAACAAAAGACCUCGGGUUGUUCUAUACCGGCCGGCCAGGAGAGAGUUUGGCCGGAUAUGCUGAUGCUGGGUACUUAUCUGACCCACACAAUGCUAGAUCUCAGACAGGAUAUGUGUUUAUGCACAGUGGGGCUGCAAGAGUGGUCUGGCCGUGGGAAAGGAAAAGGAAGAGUCAACUAUCACAGCUCAAAGAUGGAUACAUCAAGGGAGAUAGAACGAAGCACAUCUUGCCUACGUUCUUCUUCACCCAUGAUCUGCAGAAGGCAAAAGAAGUUCAUGUGGUUCAAGUUCAGUCCAGUGACAAUUCAGCCGAUCUCUUCACCAAGUCUCUGCCAACCACAACAUUCAAGAAGCUGGUUCAUCAGAUAGGAAUGCGCCAGUUGAAGGAUCUUAACUGA